CGAUUGCCAAACAUUUUCUGCUUGCUGUGUAAAAUCGGUCGCUUUUGUAAACGACCGUAAAUUUUCUCAUUUUUCUGCAAAAAGUAAAUUUUCUCGCAUCUUCUUUGAAAUAAUGGUCGGCUAAGAUAGAUGGAAUAGUAUCAUAUAUCGAAAAAGUAAUUCAUUUUGAUUAGAAGAAAACCCGUGUUCGGUGUUUGCUCAGCUGUAGUUCUUGGUACGUUCGCGUUUUUUCCUGGCUGGACUGCUAAGCAUCAAAUGGGACCACCCAGGAAAUCCGGUUCGUUAGAUGAACUGGUACAAUACGUCACACUGCACAUUCCGAAUCAUGUCUUACUAAAUGGAAGCCUACUACCCUUUCUGAUCCUCGUGACCAUUUGGUUCUACUUGUGGGUGUUCGUCUAUAAAGUAGACGAGUAUUGGGAAGCUGGAUUGCUGACGUUGGCCGGGAUCGGAUUUGUUCAGGUUUUUGUAUGUCUCUGCUGCUUUUGGAGCGUUCAUGUGCAAACAUUUCUGAAUUGUCGAAAAGCUAACGGGCCAGAGAAAGCCCAAGUUGUUAAAGUGGUACCAACGGAGAACAAUGGGUCCUCGGAACUCGUUAAGUUGCAGCGAACCAAGCUGGACGACAGUGAUAGUUCGGAAACGAUUUAUUGGUUCCUGUUUCAGAAGACAAAAUACGUUUGGGAUUCAAAUAAAAAACAAUUUUGCAACGUGGAGUUUCCAAUCCAUAAGACCUACGCGGAGUAUUUCGAAUCUAAGGGACACCAGGAGGAUUCUGAUGUACAGCUGGCAGAGAAAACCUACGGAAACAAUAAUAUGGAAAUGGUCGUUCCGGAGUUUUUGGAAUUAUUUGUUGAGCGAGCCACGGCUCCGUUUUUUGUGUUUCAAAUUUUCUCAGUUCUUCUCUGGUGUCUGGAUGAGUACAUGUACUAUUCGCUGUUCACACUGGGUAUGCUGAUUUCGUUCGAGUGUAUUCUGGUGCAGCAGCAGUUACGAAACAUGUCGGAGAUUCGAAAAAUGGGAAACAAGCCGUACAUGAUCAAUGUUUUCCGGAAUCGGAAAUGGCGCCCCAUGAAGUCUAAUUUGUUAGUACCCGGGGAUUUGGUGUCGAUUACACGCUCUCAGGAUGAAAAUCUGGUGCCCUGUGAUUUGCUGCUUAUCCGCGGAACUUGUAUUGUCGAUGAAAGUAUGCUGACAGGCGAAUCAGUCCCUCAGAUGAAGGAAUCGUUGGAAAACACGGACGAACACAAAAAGGAGCUGGACAUCGAAUCGGAUGGCAAACUGUACGUCCUGUUCGGGGGUACGAAAGUAGUUCAACAUUCGUCACCUAGCAAAGGUGCCAUGCGGGCUCCAGAUAGUGGCUGCAUCGGAUAUGUCCUGCGAACCGGAUUCAACACUUCACAGGGCAAACUGCUGCGCACUAUUUUGUUCGGAGUAAAACGUGUCACGGAGAAUAACUUGGAAACGUUCGCAUUCAUUCUUUUCCUGUUGGUGUUCGCAGUUGCAGCAGCUGUGUAUGUGUGGAUCAAGGGAUCAGAAGACCCGGAAAGAAAUCGAUACAAACUAUUUUUGGAGUGCACGCUGAUUUUAACCUCGAUUAUCCCACCGGAUCUACCGAUCGAGUUAUCGUUAGCUGUGAAUACUUCACUAUUGCAAUUAUCGAAACUGUACGUUUUCUGCACCGAACCGUUUCGGAUACCUUUUGCCGGCAAGGUACAGAUUUGCUGCUUUGAUAAAACUGGUACUUUGACUAGUGAUAACUUAGUUGUAGAAGGAGUUGCCGGUUUGAAGAAAGACAAAAGUAUUACACCGGUUGGGGAUAUCCCGGAAGCUACAGCGCACGUGCUUGGAUCUUGUCAUUCGUUAGUUCAGCUUGAUGAUGGUUUGGUGGGAGAUCCUUUGGAAAAAGCAACACUGACUGCUAUCGAUUGGAAUCUCACUAAAGGAGAUUCGGUUGUUCCGAAAAGGGGUAAAUUCAAACCGCUUCGAAUCUAUCAGCGCUUUCAUUUUUCGUCCUCGCUGAAGAGAAUGGCCGUAUUGGCUGGGCAUUUGGUACCCUUUAGUAAUGAAACUUGCUACAUCGGAACUGUCAAAGGAGCUCCAGAAGUGGUUAUGAAAAUGCUCAAAAACGUUCCGGAAAAUUAUGAGGAGACCUAUUUGGAGUAUUCACGUCGCGGGGCGAGGGUCCUUGCCCUUGGGUACAAAUCCUUUGGGACGCUCGAUAAUGCCACGGUACGCGAAUUGAAACGAGCUGAUGUCGAAAAAGAUUUGGAAUUUGCUGGAUUUAUCAUCAUAUCUUGUCCUCUUAAACCGGAUUCGAAAUACGCGAUCAAGGAAAUUAUCCAAGCCUCUCACAAGGUGAUGAUGAUAACUGGUGAUAAUCCGCUGACAGCCUGUCAUGUUGCCAAGGAACUGCGCUUCACAAGGCGUACCAUCGUUGUACUAACUCAUGGUGAAUCAAACUGGCACUGGGAAUCGAUCAAUGGAGAAAUUAAAAUUCCACUAGAUGAGAAGCGUAGCUUAAAAGACUGGUACAAGGAAUAUGAUUUCUGCAUCACCGGAGAAGGUCUCCAGUAUCUGGAUAGUGAACAUCAUUCAUUUUUGUUAAAGUUGAUGCCAUAUGUAACCGUGUUUGCGCGCUUUGCUCCUAAACAGAAGGAAUUCGUCAUUACCUCCCUUAAACAGCAUGGUUUUUGCACGCUCAUGUGCGGUGAUGGAACGAACGAUGUUGGUGCGCUUAAGCAUGCGAAUGUGGGAGUCUCACUGCUCAGCCAUCAGCCAACGAAAGCGGAACGCCGUCAGUUGAGAGCUGGAAACUUGAAUCCAGAUACUGCGACAACUGAUAAAGUUGAUAAGAAAAAGGAGAAACAGGAGGAACGGAAAGCAUUAACCCCGAGAGAAAGGGCAAUUCUAAAACAUCGUGAAAAUUUAAAUUCUACCCAAGAUAGACUGCAGAAGGUUUUGAAGGAGAUGGAUGAUGAGCAGGUUCAGGUCGUCAAACUGGGAGAUGCGAGUAUCGCGGCACCAUUUACCAGUCGUUCAUCAUCGAUUAAUAGCGUUUGUCACAUUAUUAAGCAGGGACGUUGCACUUUAGUAACGACAUUGCAGAUGUUUAAAAUUCUCGCACUUAACGCAUUGAUUUCUGCAUACUGCCAGUCGGUGCUGUACAUCGACGGUGUUAAGAAUAGUGAUACGCAACUAACUUUGCACGGACUGCUAACUGCGGCUUGUUUCCUGUUUAUUACCCGUUCAAAACCGUUAAAGGUAUUGUCGAAGCAAGCACCACUGCCGAAUAUUUUCAAUUUGUACUCGGUAACGACCAUUUUGGCGCAGUUCGCAGUGCAUUUUUCGGCACUGAUUUAUCUGGUACACGAAGCUAACGUGCGAUCGCCUCCUAGGGAAGGCAAAGUGAAGCUCAACUUAGACAUGGGCCCGGACGAAAAAGAGGAGUUCGUCCCAAAUAUUGUCAAUAGCACGGUGUAUAUAAUUAGUGUAACGAUGCAGAUAGCGACGGUAGCCGUAAAUUACAAGGGACAUCCGUUUAUGGAGAGCAUGCGGGAGAAUAGACUGCUUUCUUAUGCCAUUCUCACCUCCAGUACGAUCGUUCUCUGUCUGGCGCUAGGAAUUGUGCCGGAGCUACUGGACACGUUUGAAGUGAUCGAUUUCGAUUCGGAUUUUCGCAAAAUCCUGGUGGGCGCUCUGUUGGCGGACAUGAUCCUCGCCUAUUGCGUCGAUCGCGUCUGCUCGUUCCUGUUUGGAGAGAUGCGAAAGAAGACGGACAUCAUUACCUAGAGUAAACGUAACUACACAUACUACCCAUAGGCAGCGCGCAGUACAUUAGUAGUGACACAUUCGAUUUGCAACCGCAGAUAUAAUACUAGAAGAAAACAAGGGAUUGAAAGUGCGGGAAAACGUUAUCGUUUUCCUGCUGUUUUAAUUAAAAUACAAUCACGUUCUCACAGCAGAACAUAAGUAUAACGGAACGCAACCGUGUGAUAGCGAACAUUUUAAUUCGGUUCCAAUGCAGGCGUAAUUGUGAGGCGACUGAAGUGGCAAUUGCCCCCGGCUCGAGUUGUUUUUUAAAUCCUGUCGUAGGGUUUGUAGGUGUUUUUGAAACUAUAAACUAAUAGCAUAAAGAGCGAAAGAAAAGGAGUGCAGCAAUGAACGUAAACUAAGUGGUUAUACAAACCGGAAGAAUAGAGAAUUGAGUUUGUGUUAUGGUGUCUACGGUAUAGAAGCGCGUGAAGGAAGUGCAAAUAGAUGAAAUAAUUCAAUGAAAUAAUGACUAAGCAGGGAACGAACUGGUGCAACCUGCACCAGCCUGUUUGUUUGAAAUCGUUUACUUGAUAUAUACACACAAUUUAUUAAACUGUCUUACGAGUUUUUAGUUGAAGCAAUGUUGUAUGAUUCGUCGUAUGAAAACAAACAUUUAAAUGUGCAGUGCA